UCACAAUCUGUUAUUAUAUAAAACCAAACCAAACAAACAUCUCUCAUCUUCGGCUUUUUUCUAUCCUCUCUUCCUCUUCUUCUCCAAUCUCUGGAUCUUGAGCAUCGUUAGGGUUUUGUGUGAUUCCAAGAAUUGCCAUUUUCGAAGGGUUUUUAAGGUUCUGAGAUUUGGGUUUUUGAAUCUGAGGAAGACGAUAAGGUUGUUGAGCUGUAUUUUCAUCUGGGUCCGUCGAAAGUGCUCACCUUUAUACUAAUUGGCUGCUAAGAACGAUGCAACAAGGUCAGGUGAAGAAGAACAUGAAAGAGGUGGACUUUUUCACCGAGUACGGCGACGCGAACCGUUACCAGAUCCUCGAAGUGAUCGGGAAAGGAAGCUACGGAGUUGUCUGCGCGGCCAUCGACACCCACACGGGAGAGAGAGUCGCGAUAAAGAAGAUCAACGACGUCUUCGAACACAUCUCCGACGCGCUCCGCAUCCUCCGCGAGGUGAAGCUUCUCCGUCUCCUACGUCACCCAGAUAUAGUCGAGAUCAAAAGCAUCAUGCUUCCGCCUUCCAAGAGAGAGUUCAAAGACAUUUACGUCGUGUUUGAGCUCAUGGAGUCGGAUCUGCACCAAGUCAUCAAAGCUAACGAUGACUUGACUAAGGAGCAUCACCAGUUUUUUCUUUAUCAGAUGCUUCGUGCCUUGAAGUAUAUGCAUACAGCUAAUGUUUAUCAUCGUGAUCUUAAACCGAAGAAUAUUCUGGCUAAUGCUAAUUGCAAGUUGAAAGUUUGUGACUUUGGAUUAGCGAGAGUGUCGUUUAAUGAUACGCCCACAACAGUCUUUUGGACGGAUUAUGUUGCUACAAGAUGGUACAGGGCUCCUGAGCUUUGUGGCUCAUUCUGUUCUAAGUAUACACCAGCUAUUGACGUAUGGAGCAUUGGUUGCAUCUUUGCGGAGGUGUUAUUAGGGAAGCCUUUGUUUCCUGGGAAAAGUGUUGUUCAUCAGUUAGAGUUGAUUACCGAUCUUCUUGGGACACCAAAGUCUGAGACCAUUGCAGGAGUUCGAAACGAAAAGGCUAGAAAAUACUUGGGAGAAAUGAGGAAGAAGAGUCUUGUCCCUUUCUCUCAAAAGUUUCCUAAUGCAGAUCCAUUAGCGUUGCGGCUAUUGCAAAGACUGUUGGCUUUUGAUCCAAAGGAUAGGCCCACUGCUACAGAGGCGCUGGCUGAUCCUUACUUUAAGGGUCUAGCAAAGGUUGAGAGAGAGCCUUCUUGUCAGCCAAUCUCGAAGAUGGAGUUUGAGUUUGAAAGAAGAAGGUUGACAAAGGAUGACAUUAGAGAGCUAAUAUACAGGGAGAUACUAGAAUACCAUCCUCAGCUGCUUAAGGAUUAUAUGAACGGUUCUGAAGGCUCAAGUUUCUUAUAUCCUAGCGCCAUCGGUCAUCUGAGGAAACAGUUUGCUUACUUGGAAGAAAAUAGCGGUAAAGGUGGACCAAUCAUACCUCCAGAGAGAAAGCAUGCUUCACUUCCACGAUCUACAGUUCACCCUGGUGUAGUGACGACCUCCAAUGCUCAACCUCCAGAGUCUCGACGACAUGUCUCUUUUGAUCCUUCAAGAAAUGUAGUUCCGUCCACUUCAACUAAACCUUUAGGACCUCCUCCAAGGAUACCUUCAGGCAGACCAGGCCGUGCAGUGGAAUCAUCAUCUCUAACUUAUGAGAAUAACAGGAACCUCAAAGACUCGUCGUCGUAUGAUGCAAGGACAUCAACUUAUUACAGAACCACUCCACAACAGACCGUAUCUCCUAACUGUUUCUUUAAUCCCAACACCACCAUGAACCAAGAGAAGCGCCUUGGUACAGAAGCUGCGUCUCAAGCAAAACCGCAGUUUGUUCCCACCCAAUGCAACUCUGCAAAGCCAGCUGAGCUGAACCCAAACCCUUAUGUGCAACAAACACAGCAUAAGGUGGGUAUUGAUGCUAAGCUGUUGCAUGCACAAUCCCAGUAUGGUCCUGCUGGAGCCGCUGCGGUUGCGGUAGCAGCGCACCGGAGCGUAGGCACGGUUGGGUACGGCAUGUCUUAAAGAAUUAUUUAGCAGAUUUGUUGGUGUCAGGUUAUUUGAUUGCUCAGAAACUCUCCCCCAAUGUUUAGUCAUUGUAUAAUGUAAAGUAUUAUUCAGAUCAAGCCCUGACUUGAACACAUUUGAGAGAUUGUGUAAUAAUAAAAAAAGUUUCAGUUUUUAACCC